GCUAGUUACGGUUUUUGUCCAACCACUGCCAGCAGCACCACUCUAUGGCAUCAGAUAGAGCGAAAAUAGCGAAAGAUCAGGGCAAUGCAGCUUUCAAGUCGGGUGAUUACCCAGCUGCAGUCGGCCACUAUACAUCCGCAAUCCUGGCGGAUACCGAUGACCCGACAUUUCCUCUAAACCGCGCAGCAGCGUACUUGAAACUAGGCAAGAACGAGGAUGCAGAACGAGAUUGCACCACCGUUUUGAAGCUGAGCCCUGGCAAUGUGAAAGCUCUAUUUCGUAGAGGUCAGGCUCGAACGGGUCUGGGUCACUUAGAUAUGGCCCUUACAGAUUUCGUCGCGGCAUCCGAACGGGAGCCCUCUAAUCAAUCUGUGAAGGAGGAACUUUUACAAGUUGAUAGACUAAUUCAAGAUCAGAAGCAGAAGCAUGACAGUGCAACCACUUCUCGUCCAAGAACUAUACCAGCUACUCCAGCGACAAGGCGGAAGCGCAUUCCAAUAGAGAUCGUUGAGAACCGUUCUAAAGCGUCGCAUCAUCGUCGUGAAGAGCUAGCAGCAGAAGAUGCUAAAAAGCAGCCUCAAGAUCUUGGGGACAGUGGGCUUCUGCAGCCAAUUUCUUCCCGGGUGUUACUUCGGAGUGACGAACCUAGUUCAUCCAGCAUCAAACCAGAACCGAGCACUAUGUCACCUCUACCGAAGCAAACGACUUCAACGAGAACGGAAAGUUUCAAAGACGCAAAGCAGUUACGAGAUGCUGCAAAGGCCUCACGCGUUGGUGGGGGGAUAUUCCGACCAUCUGGCAACCAUACGUUGUUUGCUAGAGACGACGAAAUGUCUGGCGCGGCUACAGCGAUAAUCUCGCCUCCACCCACGGUUGAUGACACUGUCCCAAAAGCUCCUAUGACUCUCUUUAACUUCACAAAGAUGUGGGAGUCGCACAUGAAAGACGAAGAUCGUUGGAACAUCAUUUCUGGAAUACCACCAAUGUCGCUUCCCAAGAUGUUCCAGGCGUCACUUGAGCCAAUUUUACUCUCAUCGAUACUUCAGCAUUUUGAACGAGUCAUAGAUCAACAAAUCGCAGCUCCGGGUGAUGUGCGUCAAUAUCUGGUAUCUUUAUCAAAAGUCCAGCGGUUCGGCACGAUCAUGCUAUUCAUGAACAAGGACGAGAAAAUGCUUCUAAAGGAGCUUUGGGAGACAUGUGGAAAGCUAGACAGCACCUGACCGUAACGUAAUAUGGAUACUAGUAGGAUGCACUACUAUUGGGACAUGAGUUUGUGAUAGCUCCAUAUCAGUAGUUAAUAAACUACUUAAGACUGGGCCCAGCUGCAGGUACCUGAUCGUA